UGAAGUUAUUGCUGCCCAUUUUGUACCAUACACUUCGGUAGUAGCCCCGGUUAACAAACAUACGGAUGCUGCUAAGCCUCUCUAUAGUGUUCAGGUCAUGACAGAAUAUGUAAACAUGCAAUUCUUGCACGCAAACUUCCUUAUAGACAUCGACGCUCCAUUCAUAUGGCACGACUGCAUCGUGCAAUGGAACAUACGUCCAGGCAGUUGUCCCCCUAACAAGCUUUGCGUAUCUCCUGCUUCCUGCGAAGAAUUUGAAUGCCAGGAAGUGCGAGCUUCUUACGGUUAUAAGAAUCCUUCUUGCACUCCAGAAACCAACAGUUCGACGUUACCUGGUUGGGGAUUUUGUACAUGCCCGGUCAAUGUGGUAAAUCCCAUGACCAAGCCCUCCUCAACUUCGACGUUUUAACAGUGACUGCAAUUGACGAAAGAAAUGAGUUUAAUGGUCACUUAGGUUCAUACCCUUUUGCGGCAUGUGCUCCUUCUUCAUCAAUUGAAUCAUUUCCUGCCAAUGUUUCUGGUGUCAUGGCACUUUCUUCAUCACGUUAUGCGUGGCCAGCUUUCUUAUAUCAACCUCUUAGUAACAUAUUAUCUUUAUGUCUUCCAAGCAAACCGUCUGGACCUGGGGUUAUGUUCUUUCGGUCGGGUCCUUAUUACCUUCUUCCCCAAUCGAAUGUCAAUGUAAGAAGCUAUCUUUCUUAUACACCGUUGGUAAAGCAACAAGAUUCUUUUGGAUACUUUAUCAGAGUCAAUAGCAUUGUAAUUGGAAAGAAAUCUAUAAAUGUUCCCGCGAAUACCAUUACCAAGCUUAGUACAAUGGACCCUUACACCACUCUUAGAACAGACAUUUAUAAUGGUGUGGUUAAGAGGUUUUCAAAGGUUACAAAACGAUUACGUCCUGCAAAGCCAGUCGCCCCCUUCAGCCUUUGUUACAGCACCUCCACCACUGGUUUAAAAGUUCCAGAUAUCGAUUUCAUCCUCCCGGAUGGGAAGAAGUGGACUGUAUCCACACCAAACUCUGUUAAGCAAGUAACACACGAGGUGGCGUGUUUGGCAUUUGUUGAUGGUGGUGCAACGAGUGAACCUGCAAUUGUGAUCGGCACAUUUCAGUUUGAGGACAACUUUCUAGAAUUUAAUUUAGAGAAUUCGACUUUUGGGUUCAGUUCAUCGUUGUUACGCAAGCAUACUUCUUGUUCAAGCUUCAACUUUACUCUUAUCAACAGCCCUUAAAGCUAUAACCAAAUGUAUUAGUCUGC